GGCCUCGCUGCACAACUCAAGGGCCGUGGGUCUGAAGACGAGUGAUGGUGUGGACUUCUUUCCACAGGUCACAAUCCUCGACUCUAAAAAGAGUAUGAAUAUUGGGAUCUUUCUGAGACAAUUCAAGAGGCCAGUGACUGAUAUUGUGCAGGACAUUCGUCAAGGGAACUGGCUCAGAUUUGGAACAGGCAAACUAAAAGAGCUUUGUAAACUGCUGCCAGAAGAAAGUGAGGUGAAGCAGCUGCUAUCAUUCAGUGGAAACCUCUCUGUGUUACCUGAGGCUGACCAGUUUAUGGUGCAGCUGGUCAAAGUGCCAGGCUAUGUGGAACGCCUAAAAAUGAUGGUGCUGAGGGAGGAAUUCUUUCCUCUUAUGGAGGAGGUGAAGAACUCUUUUGCUGUCAUGACCAAAGCAGCUAAUGAGCUGUUGGACUGCGAUGACCUCCACUCGGUCAUUCGACUAGUAUUAAAAGCCGGGAAUUACAUGAACGCUGGUGGUUACAGUGCCAAUGCCAUUGGCUUCAGGAUGACCUCUCUGCUCAACCUAGCAGACACCAAGGCCAACAAGCCUGGCAUGAACCUCAUGCACUACGUUGCCAAGCAAGCGGAGGACAUCGAUGCUGAGCUGCUGACUUUUCACACCCAGCUUGAAAACAUUGGGAUGGGAUCAAGAAUUUGUAAAGAGGACAUCAUCGCAGACUUUGAGAGGGAAGUCAAGAGGAUCAAGGAAGUGAAACUGUACAGCAGCAGACAGCCUGGUCUCUUACAACAAAUGGAGACAUUCCUCAUGAGGGCCGAGGCGAAGCUGGCCGAUGUGGAGUCCUCUCUUCAGGAGCUAAAGGCUGUGAGCGACGCCGUUGCUGAGUACUACUGUGAAGACCCAGCUACCUUCAAACUGGAGGAGUGCUGCUCCAUCUUUCAUUCAUUCUGCAAGCGCUUUGACACAGCUGUUCAGGAGAACCGAGAGCGAGAGGAAGCAGAGCAGAGACGCAAGCGGAAGGAGAGCAUGCGUAUUGUAGCCAAACGCCGCUCAACAGUGUCCCGCACAGGACCCGAGCCUGAUCAGGACUCCUCCAGCUUGGAGUCAGUCUUGCACAGCUUUCUUUCCACCGUUCCAGAGGGAGUAAGCAGAUGCAGAAAGAAUACACUGCCUGCAAUUGCAGGAUCCCCAUCUGAGUGCAGCUCUCAGACUGUUCCGUCAGUAGACAAAAAUGAGCCUACGCCCCGUAAUAGACAAGAGACACCCGAGAAGAAACAACCCAAAUUGCAGAAAGAGGACAAGGAAAUGGCAGAAGCAGAAAACAAAGAAGAAGCUGAGAAGAUGCGUGAGAUAACUCGGAAGGUGCUUCACUACCAAAAUGGCAAAAGCAGCGCUGAUGGGGACAGAGUGUCAGGCACUCCUCCUCGGUCUAAAACAGCACAAGAUACACCAGCAACCCCAAGUACCCCUCGCUCUACAACAAGAGACUUCUUAUUUACCAACAAUGGGGAUGUCGGCUCCCCGUGGACCAUCCUGAGCCCUUUUACUUGCUCCCCAAGAAACACCUCCCAUCGAAACCGACAAGCACACCUACGCAGACAAUCCUCAAUGCCAGCUGGAGAUGACCUUGAUGAUGGAGUCUGGGAGAGUGACAGAGGCAAUUAUCUCCCCAAUUCUUCCAAUCAGGACAAUCAGACAACUUCAUCUGGGGGUUCUGCGUCCCUUCCUGAGUGCCGCAGUCAGAGAGCUGUGUCGCAGGGUCCAAUCCUCAGGUCUGCCUCCUUGGACGAAACCAGACGAUCUCCAGCAUUCCGGCUGGGAAACUUGUUCCAGAAAGGCACGUCUCAAAGGUCAUACUCCUCUGGAUCAACGACGGAAAGCAUGAGAGAAGAAGGAGCAGGAGUCAGUUCACUGCUUGGCAGGAAGGCAGGGAAUCAGGUCGAGGGUCAAGUGAGCACUUCUGGGUUCAUAUCCUUCUUCAGACGCAUCGGAGGCAGAAAUAAGACUGGUGAUGUGGAGGAACAAAACAUCAGAGUAUCGAAUACUUGAUUCCAAAUUUUAUCUAGAGACAGAGUACAAGCUUUGUCAUUUUUAUGUGUUUGUUUGUCUAUUUUUAUUGUUAAGGUUUUACCCUUCAGUGAGCCCAAAGUAAAGGGGAACUUGCUUUGAACUGUGAAAGUUUUGAUUUUGUGGGAGUCAAACCACAUUCAAAAAUCUUUUUUUUUUCUUUUUUGUC